AUGGCGUGGGGGAGACGGAGCGGAGGCAGCAAGAGGCAAGUGAUCUUGUUUAUUCUGUGCGUCUGCGUGUGUCAGAGCGGGGCCGAAAGCCUCCGCUAUUCUCUGGCGGAGGAAAUGGAGAGGGACGCCUUUGUCGCCGAUAUUGCAAAGGACCUGGGGGUUUCUCCGAGCCAGCUCGCGGCUCGCAAGGCCCGCGUUGUGUCCGAGGGGAACGAGCAGCUUUUCCGCCUCAGUCAAAACACCGGAGUCCUGACGGCAAAGGAGGCGCUGGACCGAGAGGAGAUCUGUCCGCAGAGCGAUACCUGCACGCUCCACUUCCAGAUAUUCUUUGAAAAUCCGUUGCAGCUGAUCCGAGGGGAGGUGGAGGUUCGUGACGUGAACGACAACUCCCCCGUGUUCCCGGAGAAGGACGUGCUUUUAGAGAUUCCCGAAACGAUGUCUCCCGGGUCCAGUUUCCCUCUGGAAAGCGCCCCGGACGGCAACGGCUUGCAGAACUACAGCCUCGGGUCCAAUGCGCAUUUCUCCCUCGCUCUCGGAACAGGGAAAGGUGGAGUAAAAUACGUGGAGCUCGUCCUCGAGCGGCAGCUGGACCGCGAAGAGCAGCGAGAGCUGAAUUUACUCCUCACCGCCACCGACGGGGGCUCGCCACCCAGGUCGGGCACGGCUCAGGUCCGGAUCGUGGUGCUGGAUGCCAAUGACAACAUGCCGGUCUUCGGUCGGGAGCUCUACGAGGUGCGCCUGGCCGAGAACAGCCCCCCGGAGCUGCUGGUGGUCAGAGUCGCGGCCGCGGAUCCCGACGAAGGGUCCAACGGGAAGGUGCGCUACGCCUUCACCCAGACAUCGGAGCGGUCCCGGCAGCUCUUCGAGCUGAACCCUGCCAGUGGGGAGAUACGGGUCGCGGGCAACCUGGACUUCGAGGAAGCGAAAAACCACGACUUGGUGGUGAGGGCCACCGACGGCGGGGGGCUGUCUGCGCAUUGCAAAGUGCAGGUGGAGGUCCUGGACGUGAAUGACAACGCCCCGGAGAUAGCGCUCACCUCCCUCACCGCCUCCAUUCCCGAGGACGCCCCGCCCCGCACCGUGGUGGCCCUGUUCAGUGUGCGGGACCGGGACUCCGGGGACAACGGCAGGACGGAGUGCGCGAUCGACGGAGACUUGCCCUUCAGCCUCGCCCCGACUGUUGAUAAUUACUACGAACUGCGAACAAAGGCGGCGCUGGACAGGGAGAGGACGGCGGAGUAUAACAUCACCGUGACGGCCACGGACUGGGGCACGAGGCGGCUGAGCUCUCGGGAAAGCAUCUUCGUGCGGAUAUCGGACGUGAACGACAAUCCGCCAGAGUUCACCCAGGAGAUUUACACCCUGUCGGUGCCGGAGAACAACAGCCCCAUGCUCCGGAUCGGCAGCGUGAAGGCCACGGACGCCGACGCGG